AUUUAAAUCUGAAGACGGGGGGCAAUCAGCCUCGUCGGCCAAAUUCGGUUGACCUCGGGUCACCGACGAGACUGGCUGACCCAUUCGUCACAUCAGCCUCAGUCUUCGUCUUCUAUUGCCAGUGGAAAGAUCCAUACUACCAAAUCUUUAGUGUUUUUUUUGUACGGUUAAUUCCAUCAUUUAUUAUAUCCAACCAUCGGUCGGACAAUUGAACCAACGGUGUUUCGUUUGUAGUUCACCGUUGAGUGCCAUCGUGAAAACAUUCGGCCCACGAGGUACCCACUACAUCCAUCCGCACUACGGACCCAACGGACAGCGGCGGCGCACAGUACUUCGAUCCCAGCGCACAGUCGGUAACCCAUCGGCCAACCCUAGUUACCAUGGAGGAUAACCAAGUGGAAGACAUUGAUUUCUGCGCCACGGAGGAUAACCCAAUAGCCGGAGGCUCCACUGCGUCAACGGAAACAAUAGUGGAGAAGCAACGGGAAUCGGAUUUAACGGUAUUUACCAAUCCACCCAAAUCGGAACCUCACGGAACGGCCCACCGGUCAUCAUCAACAAAAAGUGUUACCCUCAUGAGGAGUGCGGCGCAAAUCGGCCUGCAAAUACGGUGCCAAUUGAUGCUUAAUGGGAUUUGCGAGAGAUUAACCCAAUUGUCGGAGGACAAGGCAUCGGAGGCACUCCUCGAUGCGUAUCAAUCGCAAGCCAACGCUUCAUGGAAGGAGUUCUCAGAUUACCACGAGCUCCUUCUCAGCGAAGCCCCACCGGAGAUUUUUGAUCACCAGUACCACACGGAGGACAUCUACAGCCAGGUAUCCUCUACCAAUUUCAAUAUCGGCAUCAUCAUCGGACAACUUCGGACCAUUCUUGCCAGGCGGAGGCAGGGAACCCAAUCCCAAGGUGCCACCGGAUCCACAGAAUUUAAUUCGCUCACCCGAAUUACUAUUCCAACAUUUGACGGAAAAUACCACGACUGGAGAGCAUUUGAUGACUUGUUCACCAAUCUGGUCAUCAACCCACCAAGGAUCAGCAAUGCGGAGAAACUCACUCGGCUGAAGGCAGCUCUUCGGGGUGAAGCAGCCAGCCUCAUUUCCAACAUUGCCAUUUCGAAUGACAAUUUUGCAACGGCCUGGGAGGCCCUGAGGAAUCGCUAUGAGAACAAACGGGUUCUCGUAGCCUCCCACCUCAACAGGAUCCUGGCCUUGACUCCAGUCAAGGUCAAGACAGCCAAGGCCAUCCAAACGGUCAUCUAUACAACCAAGGAAGCCAUGCACGCUCUGAAAACCCUCGGAGCUCCAACGGAACAUUGGGACAUCAUCAUCAGUCACUUGAUCAGGAGACUGCUAGAUCCGGAUACACGGGAAAAGUGGGAGCUUAAACUCGGCGAUUCCAGAGAAAUCCCAACUCUGGAGGAAUUUCUUAACUUCCUCUCUUCCAUCGCUCGAGGGUUGGAAAACCUCGAGGGCGAAACAAAGACGCCAUCCAACAAGUCAUCGGUCACUUCCACUUCCACCACCACGGCUCGGGUUCAUCAGGUGUCGGCGGACACUCUUCAGGCACCCAGCGGUCAUCCAUCCAGCGGAUCAUCGGCCAAGACAAGUGUCACCAGCACCAGGGAAAGUCAUUGUCCCUGCGGUCCAUCGGUCGGCCAUACACUCAUCAAGUGUCCCACCUUCGUUCAAAUGAAGCCAUUGGACAGGAGGUCGUACGUCAUGAGCAGUCCACGGUGCUUCAACUGCUUUAGAAGCCACAGAGCGGAGAGUUGCCCAGAAACUCAACGGUGCAAGGUUUGCCAGGGCAAACACCACACCAUGAUCCAUGAAGGAUCACCCGGAGCUCCAAACGCAGCUCGUUCAGCCACCACCCAAUCAACGAGCUCAGUCCAACGUCGGCUGGAAAAAGCGGCCAGUCAACGACCAACGGCACCAAGGCCACCACCAGACACGGCUAGCACCAGCGGAUCGGACUCAUCCAAACCAUCACCAACGGCACGUAGUACCACGGCGGAAUUGAUUCGGUCGUCUAUCGAGAACUUCACAGUUGUGAGACCAUCAACGGCGGCUCACCAUUCAUCCAAGGCGGUCAAACCAGCGCACUCAAUCCAAUCUCCAUCGGACUCCAAACCACAGCUGGUGCUCUUGGCAACGGCACGGGCCAGAGCAUCUACUCCAGGCGGUUUCUCGCAACCAGCGAGAAUUCUCAUCGAUCAGGGCUCAGAGUUAUCAUUUAUCUCUGAAAGCCUGGUCAAAUUACUCCAACUCCAACGGAAGGCGGCGGUCAUCAAUUUAAUCGGCAUCGGCUCCACGGACUCAGGUCGUACUAGAGGCUUGGUGUCUGUCACACUCCACUCCAACUUUGACAGUCAGUUUGUCAAAAUACGGGCCCACAUCCUCGGCAAACUCACAGCGAAAUUACCCUCUAUUUCCUGUGAGUCACCAUCCAUCGGAGAACUCCAACACCUCCAACUGGCGGAUCCAAGUUUUGGGAAAUCUGGUCCCAUAGACGUCAUCAUCGGUGCAGAUUUCUACGGCCAAAUCAUCGGAGACCAAGUGAUUAAAUCCACGGAUAAUCAACUCGUCGGCCAGAACACCACCUUCGGCUGGAUCAUUUCGGGACCAGUUUGUUGCACAGGCUGUUCGACCAAGGUCUCUCUAACUGCAGUACGAGAGACUCCGAACGAGCAACUGCUGGCACUCCUGAAGAAGUUCUGGACCCAGGAGAAAUUACCAGCUCAGAGCACUACCCUCCUCACCCAGGAGGAGCUCGAAUGCGAGCAACACUUCCAAUCCACCCACACUCGGGAUCCAACGGGAAGGUAUGUCGUCAGACUACCCUUUAAAUCAUCGGCCAAUUCCCUUGGGGUCUCAAAACCCAAGGCUUUGCGGCAACUUCACCAGCUCAGCGGCAAACUCCAAAGAGACUCCAUCUACGGGAAGCUGUACCGAGACUUCAUCCAAGAAUAUGAAGCUCUUGGACACAUGCAGCGAGUAGUGGACACCACGGAACCAUCUCCAGCAUACUAUCUGCCACAUCACGGAGUGCUACGGCCAGAUAGCACAACAACCAAGCUUCGGGUUGUAUUCAACGGCUCCAGUCCCACCUCAACCGGUACGUCACUUAACGACAUCCUCCACGCCGGCGGGAAACUCCAAGUAGACGCUCCAGACGUGCUUCUCUGGGUGAGAAGACACAGGUACGUCUUCGGCACGGACAUUGUCAAAAUGUUCCGGCAAAUAAGGAUCCACUCGGACGACUGGAACCUCCAGCGUAUCCUCUGGCGUGAUGAGAACCAACUCAUCACGUUCCAACUCACCACGGUCACCUACGGCCAAACCUGUGCUCCAUGGUUAGCUCUUCGAGUUCUCCAGCAGCUCACGGUGGACGACGGACAUCGGUAUUCAAAGGCGGUACCCUCACUCUCCAAAGGCAGAUACGUAGACGAUAUCUACGGCGGAGCGGAUUCACCAGGGGAGCUGAGAGAAAUAAUCAUUCAGCUCAUCGGGCUCUGCAAGGCGGGCGGCUUCCCCCUUCAGAAAUGGGCCAGCAAUUGUCCGGAGGUCCUCAGCCAACUUGGGCUGUUACCUCCAUCAUCCCCAUCAUCUCCAUCGGAGCUUCAGAAAAAGGAGCAGGUCAUCAAGGUGCUUGGCUUGUGCUGGAACUCACACCAAGACAACUUCCAAUUUAAACCACAGACCUUCUCCACCAAACCAGUAACCAAGCGGCUCAUCUUAUCGGAAAUCGCCCAUAUUUUUGAUCCAUUGGGCUUCAUCUCUCCGGUAACCAUCAAAGCCAAAAUUAUUAUGCAGGAACUGUGGCUCAUCAAGGUCGGUUGGGAUGAUCCACUUCCCAUGUCCACCAUCAGACGCUGGAAUCAGUUCAGGGAAGAACUAAGCCACGUCAACCUCAUCGCAGUUCCUCGGUGGCUCCAACUUGACUCCACGGUCUCCAACCUCCAAGUCCACGGCUUUGCGGAUGCCUCCAACCUCGCCAUCGGAGCGGUAGUUUAUCUUCGGACGGAAAAACCAGGUACGGCUCCAGUGAUCUCUCUGGUAUGCGCUAAGACACGUGUUGCCCCACUUAAGAGAGUGACUAUCCCCAGACUCGAGCUGACAGCAGCAGGGCUGUUGACGGAGCUCACCUCCUACGCCAUUAAACAGCUGGAGCUAACCCAACCAACCAUCUUCCUCUGGACGGACUCCUCGGUGGCUCUAGCAUGGAUUAAGUCUCAUCCAUCUCGCUGGAAAGAAUACGUGCAAAACCGUGUUCUAAAAAUCCAAGAGGCCAUACCUAACGGAGAAUGGCUUCACAUCAGCGGAACGGACAACCCAGCAGACUGUGCCUCACGGGGGCUAUCACCGGAACAACUCCAUCACCAUCCACUAUGGUGGAAUGGGCCACCAUGGCUCAUUUUACCUCCACAUCAUUGGCCAGUCUCAUCGGUCGGAUCCACGGCGGCGGCGGCGCUUGAAGAAAAGCCAUCCUCAGCACAUCCAGUUGUCAUCGGCCCUCAGGAGGGCAAUGAACUCCUAGAGCUGCACAACGACCUCAACAAAAUCCUAAGAGUAACGGCACUCGUCAAUCGGCUCGUACGGCGGCUACGGCGGAUAGAAGUUCCAGCUCAACGGUUUGCCACUCCAGCAGAAGUCGAAGAAGCUAGACUUUUCUGGAUAAAAAGGAUACAGCACCAUCACUUCCACGAGAAGAUCCGGAUCCUGGUAAGUGGCAGAAAAUUACCAAAUACAUCUCCAAUGUCUAGGCUAACUCCUUACCUAGACCACCAACAAAUCUUACGGAUCGGCGGCCGGCUCCACAAUGCUCACCUGGACUUUGAGGAGAUCCAUCCAGCGGUACUCCCACGACAUUCCAGAUUCACGGAUCUGGUCAUCGGAGAUGCACACCGACGGUCGCAUCACGGCGGAACCCAGCUCACCCUGGCCUUCACCAGGCAAAGGUAUUGGAUCAUCGGCGGUAGAGCUCCUGUGAGAACACACAUCCAUCAAUGUGUUGUCUGUGUUCGGAACAGAGGAGAGCUCGCUCAACAACUGAUGGGUCAUUUGCCACCACCACGUAUUCAACCAUCCAGGCCAUUCACCCACACUGGAGUCGACUUUGCCGGCCCACUAAAUAUACUUCGGUGGAAGGGAUCGGGUCAUCGGGCCCAGAACGGCUACAUCUCGGUCUUCGUCUGCUUUUCCACCUCAGCCAUCCAUCUCGAAGCGGUCACGGAAUACACCUCCCAGGCAUUUAUCGCAGCCUACAAACGGUUCUCGGGCAGACGAGGAAUCCCAGCCUCAAUCACCAGUGACAGAGGGCUGAAUUUCAUCGGCGCCAAUCGAAUCCUGAACGAACUAUUUGCUCAGGCCUCAGCCGAAUCGGAUCAGAUUCGGGCUGCUCUAGCAGCAGACGGAACAACAUGGCAUUGUCAUCCAGCAGGCGCUCCACAUUUCGGCGGAAAAUGGGAAGCGGCUGUUAAAUCCGUCAAACACCAUCUCCAAAGGACAAUUGGGACCUCAACUCUGUCCCUAGAAGAACUUACAACUCUUCUGGUGCAGAUCGAGGCAGUUCUCAAUUCUCGGCCCAUUGCACCUACAUCGGACGAUCCAGCGGACACUUCAGUGCUCACCCCAGGGCACUUCCUCAUCGGCGGACCCAUUACCACGGUUCCGGAGCCAUCACUGCUCGAGGAAAAUACUCCACGCCUCGACAGGUGGCAAUUCAUCACCAACAGGGUGCAAGACUUCUGGCGACGAUGGUCGCAAGCAUGCAUCCACCGUUUCCAUUCCAAUCCCAAAUGGAAAUAUCCAAGAGCCAACAUCACCAUCGGAUCGGUCGUUCUCAUCUCGGAUGAGAGAUUUCCACCGUGUAAGUGGCCACUUGCACGGGUCCAGGCGGUUCAUCCUGGCGAUGACGGACUCAUCAGAGUCGUGGAUUUAAAAACGGCCACAUCAGAACUCCAGAGGCCUAUCCACAAGCUCUGUCUCCUACCCAUCGACAACGGACAUCCAGACCAACCUCCAGCGGACUCAAUUCGUCAUUCUGAAGAUGACGAAGGCGGGCGGAAUGUUCAGAUUUAAAUCUGAAGACGGGGGGCAAUCAGCCUCGUCGGCCAAAUUCGGUUGACCUCGGGUCACCGACGAGACUGGCUGACCCAUUCGUCACAUCAGCCUCAGUCUUCGUCUUCUAUUGCCAGUGGAAAGAUCCAUACUACCAAAUCUUUAGUGUUUUUUUUGUACGGUUAAUUCCAUCAUUUAUUAUAUCCAACCAUCGGUCGGACAAUUGAACCAACGGUGUUUCGUUUGUAGUUCACCGGUAAUUACCAUCGUUUAUUUAUUAUUUUUUUAAUAAAAACCAAAACCCCAAAA